UCGGAAGCACAACACGGGCGUUUGUAUACAGACAGUGGCUGUUUGAAAGUAGUUUGCGGACGAGUGGGAGUUAAUGUGAUGACAACACUUUAGAUUUUAGUACGGAAUGUGAACACAUCCUACAAAAAAUAGAAAAAUGACAGUUAAUCAGCCGUUGGAUUCAAAAGAAGUCCAGGAGUUCCAGUUCAAGUUGAUAUGUCGUCUUAAUGUUUUUUCGGAUGGAGAGUUUGAUUACAGUGGUUACCUUAAUCUUGUCGCGACAGCCAGCAAAUAUAACUUGGCUUUCGUUGGAUGCCCGAGCGGAGUGCAAGCAAUAAUUAUUUCUGCUGUUGUAAACAGUGAAGCACACGGAAAUAAGUCUUUAACCGAGUAUCCUCAUCGUAAGCUAAACCUUGGCAACCAGCCAUCACAUCUGAGCAUAAGCUGUGACCAGUCAUGUAUUGUGAUUGCGGUAAAAAAGGACGGUUGCCCCCAUGCAUUGAUCUACAGCGUAUCAUCUUUCUUAUCAAAGAAUAUCACUUUGCUGAAUGAAGUAAGGUUAUCAGCCAGCCUGAAUACCCACAUCUUGGAUCUUACUUGGAAUCCAGGGAUACCAAACAUCUUUGCUACUUGCUUAUCAGAUGGAACUGUGGGUGUCUAUGAAUUCAAAUCUACAGGAACUGAUAUAAAAACACUUCCUCCAGAAGCUCAGGCUGCGUGCUUCAGCUGGAGUCCUCGUGGUAAACAACUUGUUGUUGGUACUCGUUAUGGAGAGCUUAUACAAUACAAACCAGACCUCAAGCCAGUCAAAACUCUCCCAGCUCCAACACUUUCUGAGAACCCUGUCUCAGUUGUUAAUGUCACUUGGAUAUCAAAUUACCAAUUUGCUGCUGUGUAUCAUGACAAAGUGAAUGAAACAGAGAGACCAGGUCUGGUAAUCGUUAAUGCUCCAAAGAGUGGUGCUGUUUCUUUUGUCAACUUUGAUGACAUCUGUUAUAGCUCUGGUGAAUUGAGAAGACCACAGUUUUAUUUGCAUCAUCAACAGACAUGGAAUGUGAUACUUGUUGCAUCUGCUAAUAGUAUGGAAGUUGGGGUGAUUGGGCUGACUGAAGAUCAAGUAAGUUGGCAGCAGUGGAUGCAAGAAGAUGCGUGCAGAGCAGAGCUUCCAAUGUCUUCAGACAAACAGGAAACAUUUCCUAUUGGCUUAUCACUGGAUACCAGCACAACUCAUGAGCUACCCUGGGGUGACAACCAGAUGAUUCCCCCUAUGCCUGUGUUACAUCUGCUGUCUCACAAAGGAGUCCUGUGCUUGUUUUAUGUUAUCAAUGUUAUUCCUGGAGCUGUUACUGUAUGCUCACCACCAGAAAAAGUGGCAGAUGAGAGUGUUGUUGCAUUAUUUUCUAGCAAGGCACCAGAUGUGUCACCUGCAACAGAAAUAAGUCCUACUGGAAGUAGAGUCAAUCUUGCUCCGAAGUUUGAAAACGCCAGUGUUCCAAAGCCAAUGGCCCCCGUUCAGAGUAUACCAUUACAGAAAGAAGCCUCUAGUCCCACCCUUCAGACAAAUGUGUCAGAACCUGGAAUUGGGAUUCUGAAUUCAGGAUUUUCAUCUCCAUUCUUCAGUGUGAAAGCUUCUGUGGCCAGUGCUACUGAAAAACCCCAACCAACAAUGAGUUUUAUAAAUUCAUUACAAAGUGGAGCUGGUGGAAACAUUUCAGGUUUUUCUACAGGAAAAUCGUCAGGUGCAAAUUUGACACAGGCUCCAUCACCGAUAAGCUCUCAGAGCAACCAGGCACCAUCAUUAACUUCCUCUUUUAUUAGUCAGGUGCCAUCAGUGAUGAGCUCUCAAAGUAACCUGACACCAUCAGUGAUGAGCUCUCAAAGUAACCUGACACCAUCAGUGAUGAGCUCUCAAAGUAACCUGACACCAUCAGUGAUGAGCUCUCAAAGUAACCUGACACCAUCAGUGAUGAGCUCUCAAAGUAACCUGACACCAUCAGUGAUGAGCUCUCAAAGUAACAUGACCCCGUCAGUGAUGAGCUCUCAAAGUAACAUGACCCCGUCAGUGAUGAGCUCUCAAAACAUCCUGACACCAUCAGGCAUGAGCUCUCAAAGUAACCUGACACCAUCAUUGAUGAACUCUCAGAGCAGCCUGACACCAUCAGUGGUGGGCUCUCAAAGCAGCCUGGCACCAUCAGUGAUGAGCUCUCAAAAUAAAGUGGCACCAUCAAUGACGAGCUCUCAAAGUAACAUUAUGUUUCCUGCUUCGUCCGUUAGUGUAGCUUCCGGUGACGGUAGGACUGAUUCUACUCCAGUGAAAGUUGAUAACAUUGUGCAGCCUAACAUUGAUUCGUUAUCAUCAACAGAGAGCAAUGAGAUAACAGCAAAUGUUAUAAGAGCUGCAAUCGCAGAAGAAAUUCAGUUAUUUGAAAGAGAGCUUGCAGAUCUUCGCAAGAGAGUUAACAGUGUAAAUACACAUGUUGGAAUACAGGAAGAAAGAACAUUAUUGCAGAAAAAAGUAGAAAAUAUGGAGGAAUUUUGUCGUGAGCUUGAAGAAACAACACGAGCUCAAACAACUGAGGUGCAAUCCCUGAGAGGCUUGAUGAUGGAAACAUUUGUUUGGGUAGAGGAUGCCAGAUCCCGCCGACGGAAAAUUACCAAACCACCUGAGCUUGAAGAACUUCCGUUACUGCAAGACCUGGAUCCUGUUAUUUUGCACUACUGGACAAGCAUCCAACAGUCAAUGUUUUAUGUGGAGAAUCAGCUGAAACAACUUAAUGAUACCCUUGAUCUUGAUUGGCAGCAGUUUCAGAAUGCCUGCAAAAAGAAUUCAGGAAAUACAUUACAGGUUCCUACACUUGAAGCUAUAUACAAAGUGUUAACACUGGAAAAUAGCAUUCUUUUAAAAAAACGAGCCGAUGUGGAGAAAAUAAUUAAACAAGUGGAUCAGUACAGAAAGAGACAAGGAAAACGGACAUCAUUGCUUGCAGCAUUGAACUCUUCAAAACGUCAACCAUUUGAUAAAGGAGAGAAUGACAUUUCUAGGUUGGCUGAAAAAUUACUGCAGAGCAAGCUGUCAGAUACGGAUGAUGUUGGAUCAGAGAACAUUAAGAAGAUGGUGUCUAUGAAUAGAAGGGCUACACUUACUGCAAGACAGAAGAAGCUGAGUGCCAAGAAGCAGAAUGUGCUUCAAGAUCUUUUGAUGCAACACGUUGCUUCCCACAUUACUCCAAUCAAAACUGUUAGGGACCGAUUCACUCCUAGUUCCUCACUCCUUAACUUGGCACCCUUUACCACUUCUUCACUGAAACUUGGAGGUAUUUUGUCUGGUAGGCCUGUUGCCCAGAACCAAACAGCUACAAUUUCUCAAUCUUCAUUGCUGACAGCACCAAACAUGCAGCAAAGGCUAAGUAGUACAUUUUUAUCAGAUAAUAAAAGUGUUCCCCAAACAUUUACCAUGGCAACAAAUAACAGACCUCAGCAGACAAAUCCUCUAGCUUCUUUGAGCAAUAUGGUGGUUGGUGUAAUUAAUUGUAGCACUGAAUCGAUAAGUACCUACAAUCCAUCUGGUUUUACUAAAACUGGAUCUGCACCAUUAUUUAUGUUUAAAGUACCCAAUGAUACACAAAAUGCACUCAUGGCCAGACCAGGCACUAUAGCAGUAAGAGAUGAUGUACAUAAUGUGGUUUCAUCUGCAUCAAGUUCUCUCCCCUUAACACCACCUGUUACAGGUGUGACGACCUAUGAUUCUAGCUUGAAUAAAGGAAUUUCACCUAGUUUCAAUUUUGGUCAGUCCAUUCAGCCUGCAGUACUUGGGAGAGACAUGGGAAAGAAAGAAACUUCUGGGUCAGCUGGUGCGCAGACUGGACAGCUGCAGUCAUCUACUGUCUCAAUUGGCACUGUUGCAAAAUCUGUAACAGAUGUGCAGCAGCUGAAUAAUUCAAAUUCACUUAUCUCAAAACCAAGUGCUUCAGUGCAUUCCUUGUUUGUAAAUUUGAAUUCUCAGAGUUUUUCAUCUAAUACUACACUUGCUUCUAAGUCAGAAGUGAACAGUGCUAUGGCAGGCAUGAACCAGCCAGUGUGUGAUACAACUGUUACACAGCCAGCUGAUCUUGUUUCAACAGCCUCAUCAAGGUCACUUACUACAGGAUUUGCUUUCAGUGGCAGUUCCCCUUCUGCUCCAGGUUUCUCUUUUCAGAAGUCAACUCCAGCAACAGUACAAUCAUCACCAACUCUUUUUGGAACCAGUUUCUCAAAAGGGAACACUUCACAAGCCAGCAGCAGUAGCAGUAAUUUGUCUGAACCAGCCACAGUUACUGUUACACAAGUGUCGCCAUUACUUGCCAGCUCUGGUGAUAAAAAGACAUCUACUUCUGAAUCAUCUGGCAGCUUUGCAUCCUCUGUAUCACAGCCAUUGUUUGGAAAUAUCCAAGGAAAGGUUUCAGCACCUGUGACAGCCUUCAGCUUCGGUCAGGUAGCAGUGUCAUCAAAGUCAGACAAAGAAACAGAACUAUCAAGUGCUUCUCCAACUGGGGGAUCUAUUUUUGGUUCGCUGCAACAGAAAGGAGUACCUUCAUUCAGUUUUGGACAGUCGGCAACAACAGUAUCCUCAAGUGCAGUAGAAAGCCCUAAAAUGGGUUCUGUCGCUUUUUCAGCUGCUUCCGAAAGUCCAUCUGCCAGCUCUAGCACGACAUCUGUGGAAUCUGAAGAAACUGAUCUGACAAAAACUGAUACAAGCAUUGUGAAACCACAGGCACAAGUAUCAUCAGAAAUUCCAGAGUCCACCUCUGCUUCAUCAGUUGUGCCUCCUGAGAGCCAAUUAUUUUCUUUUUCUCUCUCAGAUAAGGCACCUCAGUCACCUGUGCAGAAUCAAGCAACUGCUAAUACAAUUGCUGCUGCUACUGCUGCUGCUACUACUACUACUACUACUACUACUACUACUACUACCACCACCACCACCACUACCUCCACUACUAAUGCCACUACCACUACUAAAGCAGCGUCUUUAUUCUUUGGACAACCUAUUUGUAGUGUUGCACCAACUGCAAAGGGAGGAGCAAAUAUAUUUUCCCAAGCAGCUGGUUCAAAGCAAGUGUUCGGAAAUUUAUCAACAACAGCUAAUAGCAGUAUAUUUGGAACAGGUCCAUCUAACACAGCAGUCACAAAAACUCUUUUUGGGUCAUCAGCAACAAACACUUCAUCACCACCAACAACAGCAACAACAACAUCAUUGUUCACUAAUGUGUCAAAAAGCACAUCUCUGUUUGUUACAGCAUCAACUACUAUAUUCUCAAAUACUCCUCUCUUUGGAGGAUCCUCUUCCCCUGCAGUUACCACAUCAGCACCGUCUCCUCCAUCAGGUGAUGCACUGUCAGUCAUACCUACUAGUGUUUCAGAGGUUUCAAGUACCAUUGCAAUAAGUACCUCACCUAGCACCACUACACAACCAGAUACAGUUUCAGUAGUUAGUGUGUCAUCACUUGCAACCCCUGACACAUCCACAACUGCUCCAGCCACAUUGCCUACUCUUUUUGGUACAAAUGUAACAAAAGUUUCAAGUUCUGCUUCCUCUGUGUUUGGAACAUUGGCAACUCCUGCUGUUGUGUCAUCAUCAAACCUGUUUGCUACACCAUCUACUGUUACACCUACCACGGUAGCUGCUGUAUUUGGUGCAUCAGCUGGUCCAACAACAGUGUCACCCACUGUCACCACAGUAGUUACUACUGCUACUACUGCUUCUUCUAUAACAACAGUAUCAAGUAGUAACACUGCUGCUCCUACUGCUACCACUACCACCACAACUUCAUCCAGUGUAUCACCCAUUUUUGGAGGGUCUGCUGUACCAACCACAUUGUCAUCAAUAUUUGGUGCAAUUAGCAUUACAACAUCAGCUCCAUCAUUGUUUGGUGCAGCUGUUAGCACAUCAACAUCGGCUCCUUCAAUGUUUGGCUCAGCUGUUGCAACAUCACAAUCAGGUUUUGGAGCAACUACGACAACAUCAGCUCCCUCCUUAUUCGGGACAAGUUUGCAGCCCUCUGCAGCACCCUCAUUAUUUGGUCAACCUCAAGUCAGCCAGUCCACCACACCUUCACUGUUUGGCAGUACUCCUGCAACAAGUACCCCUUCAUUGUUUGGUGGUAAUACAGAUAAACCUUCAUUAUUUGGUGGUAACUCAACACAGUCUAGUACAUCUAUAUUUGGAGGUAAGCCUGUAUUUGGACAAUCUCCUGUUGCAACGUCAUCUUCUGCUUUUGGUCAGACUGCUAACGUAUUUGGCCAGAACACAACACCAGUGUUUGGUGGAGGUACUUCAGGGGAUGGAUUCGGAAGUAAACCAGCAUUUGGACAGACAGGGGGCUCCGUGUUUGGACAGACACCAAAAUUUGGGUUUGGUGGUUCAACUUUUGGAGGAGGAACAUCUCUUUUUGGUGGUUCCAGCACAGCGGGGAAUUCUUUUAAGCCAGGAGGAUCACUGUUUGGUGGAGCCAGUACAACUACUACUCAGUCUGGUGGUACAUUCAGUGCUGCUGCGGGCCAAGGAGUUGGGCAAACAGGAUUUGGCUCAGCCCCUGCAUUUCAGAAUAAGCCAGGUGGAUUUGGAUCUGCACCAGUUUUUGGUGCUGGAAGCCCAGCGGGCAGUACUGGCUUUGGUUCUCCACCAACAUUUGGAGGUGCUCCAACCUUUGGGGGUUCACCUACAUUUGGCAGUGCAAACAGAGUAUUUGGUUCUCCUGCCGCAGCAAGUCCAAGUUUCGGAGCAUCACCUACAGGACAGCAGCAGUCGAAUACCUUUGAAAGCUUAGCUUCUCAGAAUACAUUGACAUUUGGAAAUUUGGCCAGUCAAAGUCCUGGAUUUGGUUCUCCACAGCCAUCAUUAUUUGGAGGGACACAGACAUCUCCAAAUAACCCACCAGCAUUUUCCAGUAGUAGCAGUACCAGUUUUGGUGGCAGUUCAUUCUCCAGUUGGAGGUAAGGCAGGAGCCUUUACCUUGCUACUACUUUUUAAGACUGUUAGCACCUUGGGGCAAAUGCAAGGUAAUUUUUUUUAAAAAAAAUGGAGACUGGAAAAUGUUCUGUAUUUAUGUAAAAUUUAUUACUGUAUUCUGAAGCACAUAAAUAAAUGAAUGCUGUUUUUAGUCACUUA